AGAAAAAUAAAAGCAGAUACCAACCUAUGUGUCAGCUUUGAAGAACGUGAUAUCCUGCUACAAACAGCAGGACUAACACCGGUCAUUGUGUCUGUGGUGCAUCUGUGUUGUGGAGAGCACUCGUCAAUGAAUCACUACAGUCAUUAUCACCAGCACACUGGCAAGAAGAUGGCCUUUGGCAGGCUGAUGGCUCCUGAUGAGAAUGCGAUCGGAGCCGUCUACCUUGGCCCCUCAGCAGCACACCUCCUUACAUCACACUGUGUGGUUGCUAGGCAACAGCACUCUGAAGCGGCUGGGGAUUGGUGGAGGCCUUUGAAUUAAUGGUGAGAAUACAUCUGUCAGUACACAGUGUUCUGGCCAAGCUGCAACCCACCACUACACGAAAAAACCAAGAAAAGAAAGACUGAAAAAUUAAAGAACUAAAAACAUCCUCAGUGCCACACACCUACUCAGACAUAAGAGCAGAGGCUCGUCAUCGAUGUGUGUCGCCGCGGUGAGGAGAGGUUGGAGAUGGGGGCUAGAUUAUGAAAGAUGAGGUAACUUAUAAGAGUUUGUUUGUGUGGGAGGUACGGCUUGGCUUCCUCGCGGCUCUCUGUCGGCUUCUUCAACUGAAAUGUCUUAUUGUUUUUUCAUGCACUUUCACAGUUGCAGUAGUAAAGGGCUUUUUUCACACAUUUCCCACACAAGACCCUAAGCUUGCAAUUAUCUGUAUGCUCCUGUUAUGAAUCUUUCAGAACUAGCUCAGAGGAAGCACCUUUUUUCAUUCUUGAGUGUCUUUUUUUUUUCUGUCUUCUAUUGACCACUAAGUGGUCCAUUCAAAUGUAGCCUUGGCACACGCACACACAACACUGUCUUAUGUAAAACCAUAAUAAAAAACAAAUCCUCCUCUUGCACACUUUGACUCCUUCAGACGUCCUCACACUGUCCAGUUGCAGUGACAUUAAAGCCUUUAUCACUCAUUUAUGCCUCUUUAAAAAAAAAAAAAUAAAAAUCCUCCUGCAAUUCAUACGUCUCUUUCUCUGCACACAGUUGCAUUUGUGUUGCUAUGAGAACCUGGACAUAAUUACUAUGAUUUACUGAUGAUUAUGGAGCUGAACAGAGAUUUUGUCAUUACAAUACCACUCACUGCCAGAACUCGAACGUGGUUUCCAGGGAAACUGGAAAUGUGAAGCUUUUCAACAGACACAGCCGCGGCUUAAAGAGUGGGGAUUGCCUAAGAUAGAUUCUUCUAGAGACAAACCUGUAGCCACUGCAAUCAUUUCAAAUCAACAGGGGAAAUGUACGGACAGACGUGGGUCUCAGUCAGGGCUGAGAUUUUCUCCGUUUGACCCAAAUCUGAGGCUGAGUUAUGGGGAGACUACGGUUUGACUUGGACUGCUGAGGUACUUGUGCCACUUGAAAGCAGAGACAGAAUGGGAAGUCUAAAGAAUGAGAUGAGCGGUCUCAGAGAGGACCAGCAGACAAAGACCGAUGACGGAGAACAUCCAGGGGGCUCAAAUGACAGCGCAGCGCCUGAGGGACCUCAGACAAACACAUGUCAAGAGUCAACAAUUCAAGACGACCAUCAACCAAAACUGCAAAUGAAUGCCAGCCACACUGAAGAGGGAGGGAAGAGCCCAACAUCCAAAGAUCAAGUGCUACCAGGCGAGGCAAGUGACAACCCGGAUUCUAUCCAAGUUAAAGACUUAACACAGACUGAGACACAACAGCCUGAAGCUACACAUAACAACAUGGCAAUCAGUAAGAAGUUCUUGAAUAACGGCGGUGGAUGUGCUGAAAUUCAGGACAAAGAAAAAGACAAGGAAAUGGAGAGCGUCUUGGUGCCUGUGUCAACAACUGCAGACCCUUCCAACCCCCUUUCUCCUGACCCCCGUUCACCUGCUCCUUUUGGGCAGCACCACAUGCGCACACAGGUGAGCCUGGAGGUGGUUCAGUGUCGCUCUGCAGCCACCAGCCCUAUGACUCCUCCUGAGGGCGGCCACUCCUUCUUCUUUCCAAGCUCUUUUGGGGGAUCUGGAUCAUCUAAAGAUGCCGAGCUACAGGUGGGACAGCAGGUGGAGUUCUGUUCUGUUGCCACAUCCCCGAUGACUCCAAAGACACCAUCGACCACUGCUUUCCCAGUGCUGGUUGGUAGGGAUAUGUUACAGAGACAGGGACAAGUGAAAGGGUGUGAGGAGCGGAGGGAGAGUGGCCAACAAGAAACAAGACGUCAGACAGAAGCUGAGUCAGAGAAAACUGGAGACAUGAAAUGUACCACAUCAAAGGAGCUCACUGAAGGCUCCAGCUCAGGUGCAGCUGGGUUAACAGAGUCGCAAGUAACUCAGCAGUGUCAGCAGCAGAGGAUGGGAAGUAUGGAUCAGGACAUUACAAUCCUGGUGACCCAUUAUGGCAACAGUGAUGAAGGCGGUGAAGAGAAGUCAGAGCUGUCUCUUUAUUCCAUCGAGCCAGAGAUGGUCAAGAUCGAUGAAUAUGAAGAACCCAGUGAAAACAAGACUGAUGAGAUGAGAUGGGAUGGCAAGACAAAGAUAUCCACGGAAACAGUCCAUCUCGAUCAGGCACAGGAUACAAAUCCUCUCCAAAAAGAAACCAGCGAACGACCAAUCACCAAAAUACAAUCUGACAAUUCAAAAGGCAGAGAAAACAGACUUGUCACUGAAGAGUCAAAUAAUAUAUCCAUAACAAAACACUCUGUCCCUGAAUCUCCAGCUCCCUUCGGCUGCCACAACAUGCGCACACAGGUGAGCCUGGAGGUGGUGCAGUGUCAGUCUGCAGCUACCAGCCCCAUGACUCCACCUGAGGGAGACCAUGCCUUCUACUUCCCAAGUUCCUUUGGGAAAUGUGAUGCUGUGGGAGCACAAACUAAAGAUGCUGAGCUGCAGGUGGGUCAACAGGUGGAGUUUCGUUCUGUCGCUACAGCGCCCAUGACCCCAAGAACGCCCCUCACCACAACCUUUCCUGAGAUUAGGAAGGAGGCUAGCAUAGAGGAGAAGAUAGUGGAGGAAAAGGCUGAAACCGAGCAGGGUAAGAAACACAAAGAAGACGGAGUUGAAGAGGAGAAGAAGAAAAAAGGUGAAGCAUCCAAAGAGAACAAAAUAGAAACAAUAAACUGUAAGGAGAAAGGUGAGGAGAAAGGUGAGGAGCCAGUGCAGGAGGUGAGCUGGGACGACAAAGGGAUGACCUGGGAGGUGUACGGGGCGGUGGUGGAGGUAUCCGUGCUGGGAACAGCCAUCCAGAAACACCUGGAGAAACAGGUGAAGAAGCAGAAGAUCCAGCCCUCGCUGCCACCGCCUCCUCCUCUCAACCCCUUGGCCACGCCUCUCACCUCAGAGGUCACCCAGGGGUGUUCGGGGUCGGGUAAAGGCCGGGCCGGGAAGAGAAGUGAACGGGACGGGAAGGUGAGCAGACGCAGGAGAAACCCCUUCCGUCUGCUGAUGGAGAACGUGCAGCAGCCACACUGCUGCUCCAAAGCUCACACCACCGAGUGACACGGGAGUGGAAUAACAACAACUGGCUGGGAAAUCACGUGACAUCUGAGAAAUGAUGUGCAAUGAUUUACUGAUAUGCGACAUUGUCUUGGGAAGAGUGACAAGCAAAGCACCUUCUCACUCGAGACAAGAAAAGCACAAAAGCAUUUCAUACAGUUUUUGUUUUUAUUUCUCUCUUCUUCUUCUUUUUUGGAUAUU